UUCUUCCAGGGAGAGGAUAGUGGUUAAAGCUCGAGCUGGAUGGAUGGGUAUGGGGAGAGGGGCAGGAUCCACAGCCCUGGGACUUUUCCAAAUCCUCCCUGUCUUUCUCUGCAUCUUCCCUUCAGUGACGUCUCCAUGCAAGAUUCUCAAGUGCAACUCUGAGUUCUGGGCGGCCACAUCGGGCUCCCACCACCUGGGCACGGAGGAGGCGCCUGAAUUUUGCACGGCGCUGCGUGCCUACGCGCACUGCACCCGCCGCACCGCCCGCACCUGCAGGGGCGACCUGGCCUACCACUCCGCCGUGCAUGGCAUAGACGAUCUCAUGGUGCAACACAACUGCUCCAAGGAUGGUCCCACGUCCCAGCCCCGCCUCCGGACAUUGCCCCCCGGGGAUAGCCAGGAGCGCUCCGACAGCCCCGAAAUCUGCCACUACGAGAAGAGCUUUCACAAACACUCGGCCGCUCCCAACUACACCCACUGCGGGCUCUUCGGGGACCCCCACCUCAGGACUUUCACAGACACUUUCCAAACCUGCAAGGUGCAAGGGGCUUGGCCGCUCAUAGACAAUAACUACCUGAACGUCCAGGUCACCAACACACCGGUGCUGCCUGGCUCCACAGCCACCGCCACCAGCAAGCUCACCAUCAUCUUCAAGAGCUUCCAGGAGUGUGUGGACCAGAAAGUGUACCAGGCAGAGAUGGACGAGCUCCCCGCUGCCUUUGCUGAUGGCUCCAAGAAUGGUGGGGACAAGCACGGAGCCAACAGCCUGAAGAUCACUGAAAAGGUAUCGGGCCAACACAUCGAAAUCCAGGCAAAAUACAUUGGCACCACCAUUGUGGUGAGGCAGGUGGGCCGGUACCUCACCUUCGCUGUGCGCAUGCCGGAGGAGGUGGUCAAUGCCGUGGAGGACCGGGACAGUCAGGGCCUCUACCUGUGCCUCCGCGGUUGUCCGCUCAACCAACAGAUUGACUUCCAGACCAUCCGCUCGGCUCAGGCCACAGAGGGUCGUGCUCGUAGGAAGGGGCCUAGCCUGCCUGCCCCCCCCGAGGCCUUCACGUACGAAACGGCCACAGCCAAGUGCAGGGAAAAGCUGCCUGUGGAGGACCUCUAUUUUCAGUCCUGUGUCUUCGACCUCCUCACCACAGGGGACGUCAACUUCAUGCUGGCUGCUUACUAUGCCUUUGAGGACGUGAAGAUGCUUCACUCCAACAAAGAGAAGCUGCACCUCUAUGAAAGGACACGGGACCUGGCCCCGGGCAACAUGGCUCCCUCAGAGACCACCCCCGCCCUCUGGGUAGCACUGCUGUGUUUGAGUCAGUUUUGGCUGUGCUUGUUAUAGAGGUUUGCUCCUUCGCACCAUGGAGAGCGGGGCAAGGGGAGCAGGAGAGAACCAGGCAUGAGAUGGCGGUGCUGGACAGUGGGAGGUUGGAUAUCAGAGCCACAUGUGUUGUCCUCAGACCUCAGCCC